ACUGGAGUUCGGACCAUGGAAACUCUGUCAGGACUGCAGCGAGUGAGAAAGGUGGCCUUUACUGUCUUCAAAGUCCCCUUCCUGUUUCUUCUUCUCUACAUUUUUGUGUGUUCCCUUGAUAUUUUAAGCUCUGCCUUCCAAUUAGCUGGAGGCAGGGUUGCUGGGAAUAUCUUCCAGGAAAACACGAUCCUGUCUAACCCAGUGGCUGGGCUGGUGGUUGGGAUACUGGUGACAGUGUUGGUUCAGAGCUCCUCCACCUCCACCUCCAUUAUAGUCAGUCUUGUAUCAUCUGGUUUGCUGGACGUGAGGUCAGCCAUCCCCAUUAUCAUGGGCUCAAAUAUAGGAACAUCAGUCACCAAUACCAUCGUUGCCUUGAUGCAAGCUAGUGAAAGAGAAGAGUUUGAACGGGCAUUUGCUGGAGCAACAGUUCAUGACUGCUUCAACUGGUUGUCUGUACUGGUGCUUCUCCCACUGGAAGCAGCAAGCGGCCUUUUGAGGCAUCUGUCCCAAGCUGCGGUCGACACGCUGCAGCUCGGGAAUGGAGAAGAUGCACCUGAACUUCUCAAAGUUCUCACUGAGCCACUAACUAAGUUGAUAAUUCAGUUGGAUCAGUCAGUCAUUACAGCCAUAGCAACAGGAGACCAAAGUGAACGGAACAAGAGUUUGGUGAAGAAAUGGUGCCAGAUUGCUAAAUAUGCUGAUUAUUCAAAUACAGUUGCUUUUUUUUCUUGUUUUCUAACUAAUUUUGUUUCUCAUCAUAUCUCUGUCUGCUCAGGCAGGCAUCUGUUUGUGGACAGCUCUCUGUCAGACUUGGCCGUUGGUCUGAUCCUCCUUGUUUGCUCCCUGUUGGUCUUGUGCAGCUGCCUGAUCCUGCUGGUUAAAUUGCUAAACUCCCUGCUGAAGGGCCAGGUGGCAACUGCUAUCAAUAAAAUUCUUAACACAGACUUUCCCUACCCAUUUGCUUGGCUGGCAGGCUAUCUGGCUGUAUUAGUUGGGGCUGGCAUGACAUUUUUGGUUCAGAGUAGUUCUGUCUUCACAUCUGCCAUCACUCCACUUAUAGGAAUUGGUGUAAUAAGUAUUGAAAGAGCGUACCCGUUAACCCUGGGAUCAAACCUUGGAACCACCACCACAGCUCUUCUGGCAGCCCUGGCUAGUCCUGGAGAUAAAUUAGCUGCUGCCACACAGGUUGCUUUAUGUCACUUUUUCUUUAACCUCCUUGGUAUCCUGCUUUGGUAUCCCAUUCCAGCCACUCGUUUACCCAUACAUAUGGCCCGUGCCCUGGGCAAGUGCACCGCCAGGUACCGCUGGUUUGCUGUCCUGUACCUUCUUGUCUGUUUCCUGCUGUUCCCGUCCCUUGUGUUUGCUCUCUCCAUGGCCGGCUGGAAGGUGAUGACUGGGAUUGGUGUUCCAGUCAUUACACUGAUUAUAUGUGUAUCRAUUAUUAACAUCCUCCAAAGACGGAUGCCCACUUGUUUGCCACUCAGACUACAGAAUUGGGACUUUCUUCCUAUUUGGAUGACCUCAUUGCAGCCCAUGGAUAACCACAUUACCAGGGUAAUCCUGUGGUUUGGAAAAACAAGAGGUUGGUGUUUUAAGAGAAAUGACCAGCCAGUAAAUACAUUAGAGAGCAAUAAUGUGAACCCUGAAAGAAAAGUAAGAAGAAAAUGCAACGAGAAUGCAAAAAACCAAGAGACAGAUGGAAAGUGCACAAAUCACAGAAAAAUGAGCAGUCAUAGAAGUUGUGAUUUAGAGCUUAUAGAAGGAAAUCUUUCUGAUAUCCCAACACACAACAYGUUUUUCAGAAACAAUGUGCAUCAAUCCACAGAGGAACACUUUAAAAAUGGGUGUGCUCAGCUUUAUAGCACUCACCUGUAG